AUGGAUUCUUGCAUAACAGAGCCAAAUGCAAACGUUGACCAUAGUUCCAUUGUGUUGCUGAACGGUUCAGUGGUUUUUUCACAUUGUCCUUCCAAUACCGUUGCUGAAACACAGUGGGAUGUUUCAGGGUCUACAUGGGCGUACGGGGCGGCGAACAACACGUGUUUUAUGUUACUUUAUACGAUGUUCAGCUGGCUGCGGCAGUGGUGGUCACGCAUCUUUCUGUAUUGUUCUCGACGGAUGGGUCUAACACCACUAGGAGAGCAGGGGCAGGCCCUCCUGGGGGAGGAUAUGAGUCAGGCUGACCCCAGUGAUGAGUCGGAUGGGUCUAGAAUAUCUUCACAAAUGGCCGGUCUUUUUGUUGAGAAGAGACGGGAUAAUCAACCCAAGCGGAUACAAGCUGUAAAAGUGUUUUCUUCUCAGCGCGGCUACGCUCCACCGCGAUCCGGUUCCAAGAAAAACAUUAGUAGGCGUACGGACACACCAAGCUUGUCGCAAGGUCAUGCAGCUUCAGCAGAGGAUGGAAGCGAGAGCAGGAGGGUGCAUUCAGAUGAAGAAAGUUCGACUAGCUCGCAUUUGCACAGCGGCGUAGUUUCCAAAGAACGUUGGAUUAUGCAGCAUGGUGUUCUCGUGAGUGUCGGCCCCGAUGGACCCCUCAACGAAGUCACUGAUUCCAUGGUACAGCGCUUGAUAGGCGCUGGUGGUGCGUAUGUCCAGCAAGACCGUGGAGAACAGCGGAUAGCGAGCCAAGGUGUUUAUGUGGAUGUAAGUGAAACGAACUCUGCUGCUCGAGCACCGCCUCAAAUAGAUGUUGCAACGGUCCUGGAUAAACUUGAGGCUCAUCGUCAUCCUAUUUAUACUCUCGAACAACUUGUAGACUUUCUAACGCGUUGUGCAGAUUUUCUACCCUUACGUAUAGAGGUGGAGCGUGAGGGCACAUCACCUCCACAAGACCCCGUAAGGAGUAUGGAAAGAGGCAUGACUCCUACGUUGGAGUAUGGGUUGCACUUCCUAGGACCUUUGCAGCCCAACCCAUACACAGCCGUCUUAAGCGUCCUGGAGGAUGUCAUCAUGGACGACUGUGACAGCAAUGCACUGCGUCUUGUCAGCAUUCACUGUUCAGAUUUAUGUUUUUCUAGUCAUUUAUCUGUCUUUGAGGAGAACUCAGAGGGGAAGGGCUCACUUGGCGUCACAGGUGGUAGAACUUUAUCUCAGGUUGAUUGGCCGGCCAAGUCUGAUUUGGAUGACAUGAUGUCGCCCCAGUACCCACCUCAGCAACAUCAGCAGCCAGCCUGCCCGUUGAACGUUGUCGAUGGCGAGGGUGGCGGUUACCAGUUGGCCAAGUCCUCGCAGCUGUGGCUUAGCGGGUUCCCAUCGACACCACCGGUCUUGCAGGAUUCUCUAGAGUUGUUAAAGGAAUCCCACAUGCGUUUGCUGGGAAUUUUAAAAAAUGUGAUGGAUAAUAUGACCAACACCAUCCACUCAGUUUUGUUCACUCGCUGCAUGUUUGCCCCUAUAGACAUUGGGCAAUCGCUUCCCCUAACGCUCUCUCCGCUUGUGCAGCUUAUCUUUGAACAGUGUCCGCUUUCUCCAGCUCACAUAGACGCACUACUGCAGUUGGCUCGGAGCGAAACUAGACGUCAGACUUCUCCGGUUUUUUCUGGUGUGCAUCCUCCACCAGCCUUUUCGCGACUUGCAGAGCUGCAGCUUAGCGGCACCCUCACCGAGGAAUGCAUCUCAGAGCUGCUGAGUUUUUUUUGGGAUGAGGUGGUUGAUGAAAAAGGCACCGUGCUACGUGUGCUUCGUUUGCCAAGUCUACUUCUUCGGUCCGCCAAAAGUCAUCCUUUCAUUCAGGCACAUCCCUAUGUGCAAGUACUUCCACUGCCUUGA